AUGGAUCUGCAAACCGCCAUCGAUGCUAUCAUCAAGCUAGAUCAAUCAAGACUGUCUGGCGUCACCUCCCAGAUCCCGGAGCCGGGGGUACUGCGAAUUAUAACUUCUUUGGCUGCGUACGAGCAAGCAUAUGUCGCAUUCAGCUUCUUGCGACAAAGACUAUUCCGACGUGAUAAUCUGGAAGCAGCUUACCAUGAAGUGACUCUAGCGAUAAGCCAGCUGCAGAGCAUGGAAAACAAUGUGAAUCUUCCACCGACAGCUGUCCUCCAAAGUUUGACCAUGUGGUGCGAUGUCCGUGAGAAGAUGGUCAAAGUUUAUCAAACCCUCAGCUCAUUCGAUUUUCUUGAUGAAGGAACAUGUGAACGUCUUGCAGCCGAUGUAAACGUCAUCAGCAAAUUGGAUCUUCCUUUCAUGGUGCGCACGUUGGGGCAGUCCGUACAUGUACUCGGGUUGGAAGUGCGAUCUAUGCUCCACCUACUCUUAGCCGAACUGGCUAUCGAACAGUAUUCGUUCAAGGACGCUUCAUUUCAUCUUUUUGUGGCGCACGACAGUCUUCGCAAAUGGGAGUCCAUCCUUAUUGGAAACCUAAAGGGAAAUCAUGCAUCCGGUGACAAGAAACUGAAUUGCAGCAGGGAACUCCUUUCCUUCAUGAGAAGAUUCGCCUUCUCUGUUGCAAAUAAGAUCGCCAUAUUCUUUCAUCGAAUUAUUACGGAAAAACGAGUCCAUCUAGUCCCUCUUUCGCCGAUCGCAGAUGGAAACUCCGAUGCGGUGGGACCCGCUUUGCAUUUAUUGGCGCACUAUCGACGACAUACUAGUGCUUUCAAUAUUUCCCUCAUAUACUUGAUUCGACCAAAUAUUCCGUUUUGCGCUGAGGGUUACACAUGCUCAAAGCGGACCACGAAUGAGCAGCUGACUGGAAUACAAUCUUUUCCUGCUAUAUGCAGUGUUCCAUCGGACCCUCCGAUGGAGCAUUGGCCGAAUAUGAUAUCUAUCCUGCAGCAAGAACUGCUUCCCGCGACAAGUGGCAAUAAUCCUACACGCAACGAUCGGCUAUCCGGAGGAUACUAUUCAAAUCUCAUGACAGCUUACUUCAAAAAGUCAACUGCAAGUACACCGCGGUCAAAAGGCAAACCAGUUCACUUUUACGAUAAGAAGGUCAACGCCACGUACAUUCUUGCUCGCGUUGUGCCGCGAAUAGUCGUGUCAAUAAUAUUCAUAGGCAAGCACGAGGAGAGGAGGGGUGGCCAUACUAAUGGAUUUAUUGAUAAGCUUGCAAGGCAGCUUGAGCACGGCAAUGUCCUUGCCUCGAUCCAUCUGCGAUAA